UGUAUAUCGCAUCGGAGGAUUUGCAGGAUAGUCUCGUACUUGAUAUAUAAAGGGAUCAUCAAAGGAAGGGGAGUCUUCCGAAUUUGAUCAAGAUACCUUAUGCAAAACAGGUUUCCAAAGUCAAGGCACCCGUUAGAAACAAUGAAGGAUUGGAAAUGACGCUGCCGAAAGGGAAAGGCAGGGUUGAACUUUGCAACACAUGGUGGGGCCACACGCUAGGGGCAGAAACAUUCAUGUGGGUGGAAAAAAGUUGGGAUACAAUAGAAGAGUGCAGUAGGGUGAGAGUCGUCAUUUACCUAUCCACUCGCCUAUGGCAGGGUCAUCUCAAUCAAGGGGAAGAAAGAUAUCUGCUACAACUUACUGUGAUAGCAGAAGCCGCACUCAACAUCUGGAUCCGAGAGAGUCGAUUACAAGAAGCAGGAGAGUUUAGGAGGGAAGCCAGAAUGCUUCCGGUCAAAAAAAUUAUUUUGCCGAUCCGUUACAUUAGAACCACACUCCCUGAUUUCGUUAUCAAUGAGAUGUUUAGUGGUCAAGCUAGGGUGGAGUUGACCGCUGAAGCCGUGCUAAGGGUACCUGAUAAAGGAUAUGACUUCUCCACUCCUCAUAUGAUUAACUGCUUAUACCUGGAAAUGGGGCAAGAAUUAGCCGAGAAUGAUUUCAGCAACAUUCUAUUCAUUGUCGACGCAUAUGCCCGAACAUACCAUAUGGAAGAAAGAUUUGGGUAUUCGGAAAAGCUGAAAGAAGAAGUCCUGACUGAGAAUGAAGGAGAGAUAGUUAAGGCAAACGAGAUAGUGUUGGGGGAUGAUUUCGAAUUUGAUGAGGAGAUGAAAGGAGAGGAGUUUGAGCAAGGAGAGAUCUCUGAAGAUUUCCGAGAAGAGGAAUAUGAUGGGUUCCACCUAGAAAUGAGACUUCUUCUCUUCGGGGAUAAGCGCGAAAGAGAUGUUAGUAAGAAAGUUCUCCGUAUGAGGGAUCAUUACAUAGCGGCCAUGGCACAGAAGGGAGGGAUGCCUUCCAGGAUAAUUCCUGGAAGAGAAGGGCGAAAAAAGAUGCAGCUGGUAACGAAGGACUUCAAAGGAAUGUCUGUCUACAAGGAAGGGGACAAUCUGGGGAUCUUCCUGAGGGAAUUCGAGGAGCAUGCCUUCAGAAGAGAGUGGAGUACUCGGACCAUGCUCGAACAGGUGGCAGGACUGGGGGAGUGCAAUGAAGUGAUAGAUGAGAUUGCCUUGGAAUGUCUGGGGUGGUUGGAUUUCAAGGCUGGUAUGUGGGCGAAAUAUGUGGAUUUGACAAGGGAUGAGAUCGAAGAUGACAUCAUUUUCGAUGGCACAAACUUGGAAGAUUUUGAGGACAGCAUCAACCUUUGUUCAGAGAAAAGGAGGUGGGGUGAACGAAAGAUAAUGGAGCAAGUGAUGAGGAGGAUAGCACCAAGGGAGUAUGAGGCGGUGAAGAGGAUCAAGGAGGAGUCGGACACCAAGGGGAGCUUCCUUGUCAAGAUGAGAAAGACCUAUUCCUUGGAGGUACAGAAACAGAAGAAGAAACUGUUACUUCAGGAGCAGGGAUUGUGGAUUGACAAGAAGGGUGAGAGGAUAGAAAGGAGAGCUCAGAAGGAAGAUAGGGGAAAUAUCGCAGCUCCUCUGUAGGGGAAUGAUGAGGACAAAGCUCAAGGUGGAGAUGACUCAAUAAAAGAAGACAAGACACAAAUGGAAGAGCAUGAUGGUAAGGAAGUGAAAGGCGAUGGCAAGGCAGGARAGGUGAAAAAGGGAGACGAGAAGGUGAAGAGAAAGGAGAAGGACAAUGAGGAGAAUGAAAUGGCAGAACCUUC